GAGUCGUUGAGUUGAUGACGCGCGACACCGUGUACCUCGUGCCCGAGCUGCUGCGCAAGCCGACGGGCUUUGCGCCGCCGACGACGCCGCCGACGUCGCCGCAGCCCAAGGACCGCCUGCGCUCGCACCUCAAGCACCGAAGGAAGAACCUCUUGAACGACGACGACGACGACGGCAAGGAAGGACGAUGCCAUGUGGUCUACCUCGAGGGCCUCGUGGUCAACCGCUGCGUGCGGCAAGACGACGAGUACAGCUUCAAGGAAGGCCUGCGGAAGCGCAAGAGCGCGCCUUUGACCGAUGACGAAGACGACGAUGGCGACAUCCGCAUGACCGAAGACGACGACGAUGAGAUGGAGAAGACCAAGCUACACCGCCGCCCAGCGUACCGCGGCCUGUAGCCUGCAGUUCGAUCGACUAUCUAUACAAACCCCACCCAUAUAGAGACAGCCGUCCAGCGCCCUCCGCCGCAUGCUAACGACGUACUAGAACAUAUAGCAAGGUCAUAUAUCUCUCGAGUCUUCAACCUUCGGUCGGUCGUAAUACUUAGAACGGGCGGAAGCCACCAAAC